UACCUCUUGAACGUUUGAACAAUGGACGUGCAUAUGGAUGAUUCAAACUUCCGAAAGCCAUCCACGCUGGGCCUGUCAACACCGGACAAGUUGCACUGGAAUCCUGGGUCACUUUAGCGUUACGUACGCAUGUUGAAAGCGCACAUGGCAAUCCUUAGGCCAUUUAAUUUUUCUAUUAAUCCUGUUUUGUUCACCACCGCUAGUGCUCCUAGUAUUCGGCUGUGACUUCUAUAUAAACAGUUGCAGUUGAACUGGUCGCGUCCUUAACCCGCACAUAUUGAUUCAUGGCCUUUUCUCGCCACCUUAUGAUCAUCCUGGCACUUGUCACAGGAUGCAUCCUUCCUUCUGGUGUCCAGGCUCUCUGGCCCAUCCCAACUACCCUCGAGACCGGCAUGACUACCCUCAAAAUCUCCCCCACAUUCUACUUUGAUGUGCAGAUUGAAGGCGCGCCGUCGGAUUUACAUGACGCAGUUACACAAUCACUGUACUAUCUCGAAAACGACAAACUUGGACGUCUCGUCGUAGGCCGCGGCGCAAAUGAUACUACCGCACUUGCUAACGCGAGGACACUUUCAAAGUUAACGCUGUCUCUCGCGAGUGGAGCUGCUGUAGAGCCCAUUUCUUCAGAAGCUGUCAAGCCCCUGGGAACCCGUAGUGAGGAGUACGUACUAGACAUUCCAGCAGACGGCUCGGCUGCUACUUUGACGGCGAACUCGACGUUGGGUCUGUACAGAGGACUCACCACUUUCAAUCAGCUUUUCUACUACUAUGGAGGAGUGACUUACACUUUACUCGCCCCGAUUUCUAUCAAGGACACUCCUGCAUAUCCUUUCCGGGGAUUAGGACUGGAUACCUCGAGAAACUACUACCCGGUCAGCGACAUUCUGCGAACGUUGGAUGCGAUGAGCUGGGUGAAGAUCAACACUUUCCACUGGCAUAUCACGGAUAGUCAGAGUUUUCCACUCGAAGUCGCACAGUACCCCGAGCUUGCCAUAAACGGUGCAUACUCUCCUCAAGAAGUUUACACAGCGAGCGAUGUCCAAUACAUCGUGCAGUAUGCUGCUGCAAGAGGCAUCGAUGUUAUGAUGGAAAUCGAUACACCCGGCCACACCGCUAUCAUUGCAGCCACUUACCCCGAAUAUGUUGCGUGCUCUGAUGCUAGCCCGUGGGCAGACUUUGCCAACGAGCCCCCUGCCGGCCAGCUUCGUUUUGCACUCCCAGAGGUCAUGAACUUCACUGCUUCCUUACUCACAAGCGUCGCAAAGGUCCUCCCUUCGCACUAUUUCAGCACCGGCGGCGAUGAACUUAACACGAACUGUUAUGCCAAUGACUACCUAACGGAGCAGCAGCUGAACAGGACCGGCAUGACGCUAAAUAGUGCUCUUGACACGUUCACACAGACCACUCACGGUGCAUUGAUUGCCCAGGGAAAGACGCCUGUCGUAUGGGAGGAAAUGGUCCUCGAUUGGAAUAUUACACUCUCAAACGAGACUAUUGUGAUGAUUUGGAUUUCUUCUGCAGAUGCUGCAGCAGUGGCAGGAAGGGGUUUUAGGAUCAUCCAAGCACCAUCAAAUUACUUCUACCUGGAUUGUGGUGCUGGUGAAUGGCUGGGAGACGACCCAACUGGAAAUAGCUGGUGCGACCCCUUCAAGACCUGGUCCGAGGCAUAUACCUUUGAUCCGUUGGCAAACUUGACUGAGGCGCAGUAUGAACUUGUUCUCGGAGGCGAGCAAAUUCUAUGGAGUGAACAGUCUGGUCCCCAAAAUGUCGACUCGAUCGUUUGGCCACGCGCUGCAUCAUCAGCAGAAAUUUUCUGGAGUGGGAAGCAGCCCACUGGCGCUGCACUCAACGUCACCGAGGCACUUCCUCGUUUGCAUGAUGUCAGGUACAGGAUGGUACAGCGCGGCAUCAAUGCCAUCCCACUCCAGCCGCACUGGUGUGCGCUUCGACCGGACGCAUGCGAUAUAUACGCUUGAUUUAGAACUCGAUCCAAACUCUGGGUCUUUUCACGAUUGGUCUUGGCGUUAAUCAGUCUGCGCCGUUGCUUACAAGAUUUGUACAGCUCUCAUUCACCCAAAACUUGACUUAUAUCGAGAAAUUCAUGCAUCUGCUCUGCGAGAAGUUACGUGGCGAAAUAGAAUGUUCGAGUGAUGGAUGCACGGAACAAAGAUUCAUGAAGUAUCCAAAUUUUUACCAAUAAA